AUGGUGUUUCUGAACCAGCAGAGCCGGAGUACAACAGACGACGCAUCAAUGUCUCUGUUAGAUCCAAACCAGCCGUUUCACCCUCUCGACAAAGCUCGCGAAACAGAGUCUCUUGAUGAACUUCAACUAGCGAGGUUUCGUCAUCCGCUCUUAAUCAGACUUGAUAUGCUCAUAGUGUUGAAGAACAGAGUGAUGCGGAUGUUUCUCUCGUGCAAGGAACAAGAGAGUUCUUCAGGAAACAGGUCCCUUCGGAGUUUCACUGACAUAGUUCAAUCUGCAAGGGGGAGAAUAGGAUGUAUCAGAGAACGAAAACUAGGAUCUAAGCUAGAAUUGUGGGGGAGCAAGACUUUUGAUCUUGUGCUUGAGAGACACAAAGCUAAAAAGGGGGAGAUUGAAGAUGCAACUGGUUUGACGCAGAUCGUGAAUCAGUCAGGAAGUGCAUCAGGACGUAUGGACGGACUUGUAGCGGAGCUAAGUGGAGCUUAA